GGUUGAUUUAUCGACAACAUCCCGUCAUCAAAGAGUCUUCUCGCCGUUGUUCAGUCUCGUGGAACAUUGAUAUUCGAGUACCGGGUCAGUUGUGUGCCGGGCGACCGCCCUUCCGCGCACCUCGACCAAUGCCCCUCACCUUCGUCAGCCGAACGACGAGUCUCCGCGACAGCCUACCCUCCACGCGGUGAUUCGAGAUUACAAGUCUCGCUGAUGCCUCGAAAGACGGGAAAUCAAGAGUAUCUGGGAAAUAAAGAGAUGUCUUCGAAACCUAAGACUCCGUCGAGGCCGCCGACGGGCCGGAAGCGCGGCAGGCCUCCAGCCUCGGUCGUUGCUGCACGUCUCGCUGCUAGCAACGAUGUCUCUGCAGCUUCUAGCAUAGGCCGCCCAAGCAGAGAGCGCAUCGCGACGCCGAACGCGACGAUUGUCACCCGUUAUAAUCGAGAUAAAGAUGGCGCAUCUCCUACAGCCACUACGGGCUCUCCCCGGCCGGUUAACGACGCCGUCACUCCCAAUGCCUCCUCGGCUUUUUCCGCCGCCGUCCAGUCCGAACCUCCCCCAAAGCGGAGAAGAUACAUACCAGGUGGUGCCGGUGGAGGCGGCAGGUUUGUGGAAGAAGAUGGCACCAUAACACCCAAUACCACCCCACGCACCAUAAGACAACCGAGACAACCUCGCGUCCCGAAUACAGUCAUUCCAAGAAGAGAGAAGAGCGCUCGUAUCCGCUCCGCGGCGGAUCCCGGCGAGGUACAAUAUAGCACAGCUGCAGCAGCUGCUGCGGCGGUCGCACAAAGCGAAGGAUACAAGCCCCGAGAAGAGCGCGGAUGGGAGGAGUUCCACCCCAACCUAGACAUUGAUGCGACUUUCAUGAUGUUCCGUUCUGAGGACGUCGACGGCCUCACCCAACCGCGUCCAGCGACUCCGGCCGUCCCAUCAUCUGUCGAUCCGGACUCUAGCACGCCCCUGAGGGAAGUGAAUCCGUCUUCCACAGGCAACACUCCCAAUCCCGCACCUGACGCGCAAUCCGGCCAGCCGGAAACCCCGCAAAAGCGUCGCUCGUCACGGCCUAUCCGGGAUACCGCUUCACAAAUAGCAACCCGAGAAAUUUCCGCCAUCACUUCAACACCAAAGGUGCCGCAGGUUCUGCCGAUUCGAAACCAAACCGCCAAGGAGAAGCUCGACCUGAAAGCCCCCUCGUACCGACGAUCCGACCGCGUUGCACAAUUCGAGAGGAAGAGUUUUGGACAAGCCCGAUACGUCGAUAAGUCCAUGAUGAACGUCGGUUACCAGGAGAGCGACCACUUCCUCCAGCCGGCGCACCGGUUAAUCAAAGCCGAUGAUUCCAACUUCGAGGACGAGUCUGAUAUGGCGUUGGCGUUGGCGCUGGCCCUGAAGGGAGACGCUGAGAAUGCGCCUGCGCCUACGACAUCCGCCCCGCUUGGACGCGUGGAAUACGACAUGGACGAGCAAGACGACAUGUGGCUCCAGGCAUAUAAUGUGGAGCGCAGGAAAAACGACCUGGAGCCCAUCACCCGUGAGAUCUUCGAGAUCACCAUCACCAAAAUCGAGAAGGAAUGGCAUGCGUUGGAGAAACGGAUACCCAAGCCGAACCCUAAACCUCCGCAAACUCAUCGGCCUAGGUCGAGCUCUGCGGCCGCCGUCAACGGUGAACCCCUAAUUGGGGAGGAGCACGACUCCAAGUGCGCCAUUUGCGAUGACGGCGACUGCGAAAACACGAAUGCCAUUGUUUUCUGUGAUGGUUGUGAUCUGGCGGUUCACCAAGAAUGCUACGGCGUCCCUUUCAUUCCGGAAGGGCAGUGGCUCUGCAGGAGGUGCCAGCUUAUUGGGCGUGGCGUUCCGACUUGUAUAUUCUGCCCGAACACGGACGGCGCAUUCAAACAGACUAAUUCGUCCAAAUGGGCGCAUCUGCUCUGUGCGAUGUGGAUUCCCGAGGCUUCAUUGGGAAAUCAUACAUUCAUGGAACCCGUCAUGGAUGUGGACAAAGUGCCCAAGACGCGCUGGAAGCUGACCUGCUACAUCUGCAAUCAGAAGAUGGGUGCCUGCAUACAGUGCGGUAACAAAUCCUGCUACCAGGCGUUCCAUGUCACUUGCGCCCGCCGGUCCAGGCUGUUCCUGAAAAUGAAGAAUAGCCAAGGCGCCCUGGCGGUUCUUGAUAACAGCAUGAUCCUCAAGGCAUACUGCGACAAACAUUGUCCGCCCGAUUACACUCAAGAGAACAAUGUCGCUGAGGCUACCCGGGAAGCCCAGAAGUUCUACAAGAAGACGAUGAAGGGCCGUAUCUGGGCCGAUAGCCAAGCGUCUGCCCAUGCGCUUGCUGCUACCCACCGACAUGCCCUGACGGAACACCCGCCAGACGCAAGCCAGAUGACAGGUGCCAGGCUCUCUGCCCUCCUGGGGGACAAGAAGAAAGGCCAGCCUAUCAAGUCCAUAUGGAAACUUCCGUCUGGCGCUCCGGUCAUCCCCCAGGUCGUGUUUGAUGUUGUCGAGGCGUCCAUAUCAAGAUUCACUUUGAGGAAACGGAAGGAUUUUGUCAGCGAAGCUUGUCGGUACUGGACACUGAAGCGGGAAGCGCGGCGCGGCGCCACCUUAUUGAAGCGACUUCAGCUACAGAUGGAGACGUUCUCAUCCAUGGAACUUACACGGAGGAACUUUGCGUCCAUGGGACCUCCCGGGAAACCCCGCCUGAUCAGGAGACUCGAGUUCGCCAAGACCCUCAUUCAAGAUUUAGAACAGCUACGAGCCCUGUCGGAGAAAGUGGUGGAGCGAGAACAGCACAAACUUGAGUCUGCCGAACUUGAGAAGGAGCUUGUCGACACUUGCUACUUUCCUAUAACAAGGCUAUUUGGCCCUAUCGUGGAGAAGGCCCUCGGGCUGGAUAAGAACGUCUUCUACGAUGGGUUAGUCAAGCUGCAGUCCAAGUUGGAGGAACGAUACUACACGACGACGUUGGCGUUCGCGCAUGAUCUCUGUGAAGUCAUCGACGUUGGCAUCAACACAGAGAUCAAAAAGGGCGAUUCGGCGGUUGAUGAGGCCAUCACUACAAUUGGCAAAGUAUCGUAUCAAGAUCCUCGACAAAGGAAAACCCUCGGAAAGCGCAUUCUGAAAGCCGUCCAACCCCAGCUGGAGGCGGCCCUACGGAUCGAGACGGAAAUCAACUCCAAACCUUUGGAUCCACUUACCAAGGAACUCGAGGGUAUGCUGGAAGCCAGUCUGGAAUUCCGCCAGCCUUCCAUUAUCGUCGGGGUCGGUGAGGACUCGGUGGAGGCCUGCCGAGAUGUGGCUAUGGUGGAUGCUCCAGCCGGCGGAGAAAUAACCGUCGCGAGCGGUCAAGCAGAUCCAGCGGCCGAAGGAGUGGCCGAAAACACCGAUGCGAUGGAGAUUGACGCCGAGGGAGAAGCGGACGAAGACAACAUCGAAGUCGCGACAUCGAAUUUGAGCAAGCCCGCGGAACAAACCGUAGAGGCGCAGUCAUCCAGCUCGUCGGUUGCAGGGCUCGAGAGUAACGGCAAAGCAGUCGAGAAUGCCGACUCGGGAUCCUUACCCAACGGCGUACCGGCCUCGUCCAAUACCCCGCCAGCCACAAACGGUUAUCAGGCCGCCCCGCCGCCAGUCCAGCCGACACCCCCCACCCCUCCCCAGUCCGUAGGCGGCGGUCUGGGCAACCAUCGGGCCGAUCCCCUGUUGGAAGGCGGCAUUCCCUGGUACCUCAAGGACUUCAAGCUGCGCGGCACGACCAUAUUGGCAGAUCAGUGGCCCGGGCGGGAUGCCAUCCGUAGCCUCAGCGAGGAGCUGUCGGACAUGGACGACCGCGAGCUGGAGGGCCUGGGGUUCGACGUGGAUGACAGCACUAUUACCGCUUCUCCCAACGGGGCGGCCGGCCAGGCCAUAGCGGACACUAUUGUCAGCAAGGCGAAGACGACGACCAGUCUUGUCAACAGCAGGCUUCGCAAGAGGACGAGGUCUUCCGCGCGGAGGAGAUGAAGAGAUGGGGAUGUUCCGUGACUUGCUUUUUGUAUUUUUAGAAUCUGUUUGGCGUGGUUUCUGUGGAUGGGGAGGUUUCAUCAUGCAGGUGUUUUGUUGUUGUUGUUGUUGUUGUUUUCCUUUUUAAUGUUUGGUGUCGACAGUUCUAGGAGGAGAUGGCUCACAUGUUUACCCUUUUUGAAGGAGGGUUUUUUUUUUCUUCGCCUCUCCUUCAUAUGAGCUGAUUUGUCGGAAUAAGGCGGUAUAGUGGAUGUUCUUCAAGGCUUUUUUUUUACGCGUCGUUAGAAGGAAGGUAUGCUGUUCCUAAAGCGCGCUUCAGUUUGGUCGGAGGGAAGAAUGGCGUUUCAAGAGUUCUGG